UCCUUGAGCACAACUGUUGCGGCAGCAGCGGCGGCGGCGGCGGCAGUGGUGCUGACAUUGGGACAGCGGUGGCAGCACAGCGGUGGCAGCAAGAGCUGCGGGACUGGCAGAGGGCAAGGCACCAUGGCCCUUGCUCUGCGCCUCUUCCUCCUGCUCCUCCUGGCAGUGGCCCUGCCUGCCAGGGCUGCCCAGGCAGCUCCGUGGCCAGCGCGGGGAGCAGGUCUACCAACAGUCCACACCCAUGACACAGGAGACAAGAAAUCCAUGGAGGCCGACAGACUUCUGGACCAGAUGCUGAGCAACCUGGAGAGACGCCGUGCAAUGAAAGUUAAAACUGUGCUGAAGGCUCUGUUUCCCGGAGGAAGCAGUGGUUCUGUUCCAGCCUCUGCUGCAGGAAGGGAGGCAAUGCCAGGCACAGUCACAGGAGAUGAGCGUGAGGUUUCUCAAGUAGCUCAGCUUCAUGAAGAUUUGCAGCCUCUGGAGCCUCCUGCAGUUACAGAUGUGUCUGCAGGGAAGGCUUUUCCUAAUCCCUCGGCGGAUGCUACACAGGAGCCCAGUUCCAAUCCCAGGGGUUCCCUGAGAAGGAAGAAGAAACCAACAGGAAACAGUGAGAUCCAGGAUGACUCCAAUCUUCUGGACCAGAUGCUGAGUGAUCUGGAGAUAAGCCGUGAGAUUGAAGAAGAGACUGGGCUGGUGGCUCCAAUUCCCAGAGGAAGCAGUGGCUCUGUGCCAGUCUCUGCUGCAGGAAGGGAGGCGAUGCCAGGCACAGUCACAGGAGGUCCUCCUGGUUGGAACAACCCAGACAUAGGAGACAAGAUAUCGCUGGAGGCAGACAGACUUCUGGACAAGAUGCUGACUGAUCUGGAGAGACGCCGUGCAAUGAAAGUUAAAACUGUGCUGAAGGCUCUGUUUCCCGGAGGAAGCAGUGGUUCUGUUCCAGCCUCUGCUGCAGGAAGGGAGGCAAUGCCAGGCACAGUCACAGGAGAUGAGCGUGAGGUUUCUCAAGUAGCUCAGCUUCAUGAAGAUUUGCAGCCUCUGGAGCCUCCUGCAGUUACAGAUGUGUCUGCAGGGAAGGCUUUUCCUAAUCCCUCGGCGGAUGCUACACAGGAGCCCAGUUCCAAUCCCAGGGGUUCCCUGAGAAGGAAGAAGAAACCAACAGGAAACAGUGAGAUCCAGGAUGACUCCAAUCUUCUGGACCAGAUGCUGAGUGAUCUGGAGAUACGCCGUGAGAUUGAAGAAGAGACUGGGCUGGUGGCUCCAAUUCCCAGAGGAAGCAGUGGCUCUGUGCCAGUCUCUGCUGCAGGAAGGGAGGCGAUGCCAGGCACAGUCACAGGAGGUCCUCCUGGUUGGAACAACCCAGACAUAGGAGACAAGAAAUCACUGGAGGCAGACAGACUUCUGGACAAGAUGCUGACUGAUCUGGAGAGACGCCGUGCAAUGAAAGUUAAAACUGUGCUGAAGGCUCUGUUUCCCGGAGGAAGCAGUGGUUCUGUUCCAGCCUCUGCUGCAGGAAGGGAGGCAAUGCCAGGCACAGUCACAGGAGAUGAGCGUGAGGUUUCUCAAGUAGCUCAGCUUCAUGAAGAUUUGCAGCCUCUGGAGCCUCCUGCAGUUACAGAUGUGUCUGCAGGGAAGGCUUUUCCUAAUCCCUCGGCGGAUGCUACACAGGAGCCCAGUUCCAAUCCCAGGGGUUCCCUGAGAAGGAAGAAGAAACCAACAGGAAACAGUGAGAUCCAGGAUGACUCCAAUCUUCUGGACCAGAUGCUGAGUGAUCUGGAGAUACACCGUGAGAUUGAAGAAGAGACUGGGCUGGUGGCUCCAAUUCCCAGAGGAAGCAGUGGCUCUGUGCCAGUCUCUGCUGCAGGAAGGGAGGCGAUGCCAGGCACAGUCACAGGAGGUCCUCCUGGUUGGAACAACCCAGACAUAGGAGACAAGAAAUCACUGGAGGCAGACAGACUUCUGGACAAGAUGCUGACUGAUCUGGAGAGACGCCGUGCAAUGAAAGUUAAAACUGUGCUGAAGGCUCUGUUUGCCCGAGGAAGCAGUGGUUCUGUUCCAGCCUCUGCUGCAGGAAGGGAGGCAAUGCCAGGCACAGUCACAGGAGAUGAGCAUGAGGUUUCUCGAGCAGCUCAGCUUCAUGAAGAUUUGCAGCCUCUGGAGCCUCCUGCAGUUACAGGUGUGUCUGCAGGGAAGACUUUUCCUAAUCCCUUGGCGGAUGCUACACAGGAGCCCAGUUCCAAUCCCAGGGGUUCCCUGAGAAGGAAGAAGAAACCAACAGGAAACAGUGAGAUGCUGGAGGACUCCAAUCUUCUGGACCAGAUGCUGAGUGAUCUGGAGAUACGCCGUGAGAUUGAAGAAGAGACUGGGCUGGUGGCUCCGAUUCCCAGAGGAAGCAGUGGCUCUGUGCCAGUCUCUGCUGCAGGAAGGGAGGCGAUGCCAGGCACAGUCACAGGAGGUCCUCCUGGUUGGAACAACCCAGACAUAGGAGACAAGAAAUCGCUGGAGGCAGACAGACUUCUGGACAAGAUGCUGAGUGAUCUGGAGAGACGCCGUGGGAUUAAGAGAAAGCCCCUAUGGAGGGCAGCAUUUCCUGAAGGAAGGGAGUCAAAGCCAGGCACAGGCACAGGCACAACAGAUGAACAUGUUGGUGAAGGUGAUCUGGCUUCCCAACCAACAUUCAGGGAAGUGCCUCUGGGAGCUGGUGAGGUGAUAGAGCAAAAGUCUGUGCCGAAGGAAGCAUUUCCCAGAGGAAGCAGUGGCUCAGUGCCAGCCUCUCCUGCAGGAGGGACAGUGACACCAGGCACAGGCACUGGAACAGCCACAGAAGAUUCAGCCAGCACCUCAACACAUGGUCCCCAUUCCCAGGAGGGCACUGGAAAGGGUUUCUGUCAGGAUACACGCUGCAGGCUAAAGUUAAUAGCAUUUCUGGUUGUUUUGGAUCUUGUCUUCAUAUUAUGCUGUAUCGGAAUCUGGUAUUGCUUGAAGAGAAAACGGAGUGCCCCUGCAGCUUCACGAGACCGGAACAAGGCAUCAGAUGGAGACACCUUUCCCUGUCAUCGGCCAUCCCCAACCCAGUUUGCUUUGGCCCUGUUACAGCUGCCUUACCAGCUUGUUGCCAUGGACUUACUGCCACCACCCAGAACAAGACUCUGUCCCCAAAGGUGCUGGCCCUGGUGUUGGGCCAGGGCUGGAGGCGGCCCCCUCCUUCCAGGGAUGGGAUUGAGUACCGCAGCACCUUUGGGCUUCAGCUCUGGUGUCUGGGUGGUACCCCCAGCUUUGGCUGAGCUCCUUGUCUGGGCAUAGCCAAGGCUGGGCAGGCAGCAGUCAGGCACCAGGCUCCUAAGACACAGCCAUGUAGUUUUUUCUUCAUUUUUCAUUUUUAGAAAAUAGGGAUUUUUAGAAAUAUUUAGAAAUAUUUCUUGUAUAUCGAUAUCCCCAAAUAUUUUUCCUAAUUUCUACAAUAGUUUAGGAUUAUUUAAAGUAGUUUUAGAAUUCUGAAAAGCUUAGAACACUUUUACACAUCUAGAAUAAAGUAUAAAAUUGCAUUU